AUGGCUGAAUUUCAGAAAGAAAGCGAUGAAUAUGGUUGUUCAUCAGUAUAUGUACAAUGGCAAAAGGUGAUUAAACUUAUGAUGGCCCAGACAGACCCAAGAGAUGUUAAGAAAAGACAAAAAGAGGUUGAAUUGGGCUGGAAAAUAUUGAGAGAUGAGAAUUGUUGGGAACCAGAAGAGAAAAAAAGGGUUCCAUUAGCGCCGAUUAUUUUUGCUAUGGAACAGAGAAUUGUGCACAAAAUCAAUGAAGUGAAGGGUAAAGGUAAAUGGUAUAGAAAGGAAAAAAGGAUUAAAGACUUAGAAAAAGAAUUGAGAAUGUGGACCAGAAUGGCAUUGGUAACAGCCGCAGCUCAGGCCAUAAGUAAGAAGAAAGGGGAAGUUGACAGUGGUGCUGCUGCCAAGCAACAGGAAAUAGAACUAGGAAGCGCUCAGCCAAUACCCCCCGUUGCGCCCACAGCUCCGCCUAUAACUCCUCCUAAAGUAAAACCACUUUACCCCUCCCUCCAUACACCUCCUCCUUAUGAGAAGGAAUCUGUUGUAAUUCCCAUGCAGCAGCCAAUGAUGCAAGUGAAUGGAGGUGAAUUGGACAUAGACAUGGGGGAAUUAAAUGGUCUAAGGAAUGAGUUAGUACAAUUGAGAAACAUAAUUCUAAAACAAGACAUGGCAAACAAAAGGGCCAUCAGUGAAACAGGGAGUGCAAAUAAAAGGGCUUUGAGUGAAAAUAGUGUAACACAACUAGUUGACCAGAGUAAUAAUGGAGGGGAAAAUAGUAGCAGUCACAGACACAAUACUGAUGAUAAGGGAGGAAGUGACUCUGAAAGUGAAGAUGAAAGUGUAGUUAGUGUUUCUUCAUACAGGCGACUGGUAUCAACACCAGGAAGACCAAACACGUUAACACUAGCUAAUAACCCACACGAGACCGAGACUGAGGUAAACAUGCCAAUGGAUGUGAAAAUAGAGGGCAAAAUGAUCAUAACACAGGGCUCACCUCCAAUGGCAAGGGCAUCUAUACCACAAGGUAGUGGGCCAGGUAGACAGAAAAAGGGGUUAAGAAAGCCUGCAGGAGAACCAUAUGAUGGGCCAGCGAGCAACACCAGAUCCAAAGAUAAGAGUAGGGUAGACGUCACAGUGGAUGAGGUUUUCCAGGCAUGGAUGUUGGAACAAGAACAGUCAAUGAGGUCAGAACAGCCAGCAAGGUCGGGCCCAUAUUCCCAGUUGGCCAGUAAUAACAUGCCUCUGAUAGCUAAAUCGGGUGGUGACAAAUACCAAGCUUGGUCUCAUAGUGAUUUAACUGCCAUUAUGAGUAAACUCCCACCUAUCACCAGUGGUGGCGGCAGAUGGUUAAAUAAAUUAACCACGCUAUGUCAUGGCACAAUGCUGGCUUUGGGUGACAUCAGAUGCCUGUUAGGUCAGAUCCUGACCAAUGCACAAGUAAAAGAUUUUGAACAAAAUGCCAAUAUAAUAUUGCAUGACAAUGACACGCCAUAUACCACUGUGAGCACUGUAAUAGGCAAGGCUCUGAGGGUUCAGUUUCCUACUCCACCAACCGUAUACCAAAAUAUUAAAUUUAAAAUCAAACCAGAUGAGACAGGUGCAGCAUAUUAUUUCAGAUGCACAGCUGAAUGGGAACAGCUAACUGAAGAGAACGGUAUUAAUAACCCGGUCACCAGGGAUGUCUUUAGGUCAGCAGUAAUGGCAGGGGCCCCACCCAGUGUUAAGCAGAUCAUGGAAAACAACCCAGACAUCCCUGCAGCGACAAAUGAGGUAUGGGAGAGACAUCUCAUAUAUCAUACAGAUAGAGCCCUUGAGAAAUCAAGUAAAGAGCUAGCUGAGGUAGAUAAAAUAAAAAAUGAGCUCCUAAAACUGCAGCUGGAACAGGCCAAACAAGCAAACACAAAGAAGAAGCAAAUGCUACAGCAGGCCCAACCAGACACCACCACAGGUACACCUAAUGCACCACAAACUACCCAGUACCCAAAUUCAUAUCCCAAUGGCCUACAAGACCCAUAUACAGGACCACUGUAUAGAGGAAACCCAUGGGGAGGAUUUGAUACCAUCACCUAUGAGGAAUUGUUUCAAUCUAUUGAGGGAACUAAAUGGAGAUUAGUGGGUAAUGGCAUUAUGAUAGGGAAUCAGGGCGUGGCAGCUCCAAUCAUCUUAACAGAAGAACAAAAAGAAUGGUAUAAAAUGGCAGAUACAGCCGCACCACACAUCUCACUUGCGUUACAUCCAAAUCAUGAGGCUAGGGAACUAGGCAGCAUGGUAAAAAGAUUAAUGGCUACCAAUGAUUGGAUGGAGACAGAUAUGAAAGGGGUGUGGUUUUCCCAAAGGCAAGAUGCUUAUUGGAUUAGGCAGCACACAGAAGAUGUAGGUAUUUUGAAGCAUGAACAGCUACCUAGAAGCCAUGGCAGAGAAAACACAGAUGGCGAAGGGACAGAGGAGAUGAUAGGAAGUAUGCCGCAUGACUUAUGGUCACAGGGCCCAACAGAUGUAGGGUUUUGUAAUAUCACUCCUGUCACAUUUAAACUGUCUAACACAGUACCAGUGUGGGUUCCCCAGUACAGAAACAAACCAGAUGCAGAAGAGGGAGUUAGGGCCACAGUGGAGGGUUUAUUGAGUAAACAAGUUUUAACUCCGGCAGGUUCUGAAUGGAACACGCCCAUCUUUCCAGUACCUAAACCCGGUACAGAUAAGUAUAGGUUAGUACAUGACCUGAGAGCCAUUAACAGUUUGGUGGAGACUGGAACACUGAAUGUACCCAACCCAUAUGUUGCUUUAUCAAAUUUAUCACCUGCACAUCAGUGGUUUACGUGCAUUGAUCUAGCAAAUGCAUUUUUCUGCAUCCCUAUAGCUGAUGAAUGCAAACCAUGUUUUGCAUUCACCUAUAGGGGGCGCCAGUACACCUAUAACCGUUUACCACAGGGUUUUGUUUUAUCACCUGGCAUUUUCAAUCAGGUAUUACAAACUGAAUUACGAAAAUGUGAAUUGCCAAUGGGAUGUGUGCUGAUUAUGUAUGUUGAUGACCUUUUGCUAGCAGCCACAUCCAUGGAAACGUGUAUGGAGGUAACAAAACUUGUAUUGCAACAACUACACAGGUCAGGGUUCAAGGUGAGCAGGGAGAAGCUGCAGAUAUGCAGACCAUGCGUCACUUUUAUGGGUAGGAUGGUAACGGCACAGGGCUCCACACUGACACCACAACAGAGACAAAGCAUCAUGUCUCACCCAAGACCAGAGACUGUGAAAGACAUGUUGUCAUUUUUAGGCCUGACUGGCUUCAGCAGACAAUAUAUACCCAUGUAUGUGUCUGCUACUGCACCUUUAAGAGCAUUAGUGAGAGAACAGGGCAUGAAAAACCUAAGGGCAGAGUUAAUGUGGACCCCAGAGGCAGAAUCAGCUUUCAUUUCACUAAAAGCACUGUUGUCGCAGGCAGCUCAUCUUAAUUGUGCAGACUAUGCCAAACCAUUCAUACUGGAUGUAUCUGAAACUCAAAACAGUGCCCAUGGUGUGUUGUAUCAGAAAACAACAGGGGGACGAAAGGUUUUGAUGUACAGUAGUGUUUUGUUGGACCCCAUUGAGCAGAGACAGCCAGCAUGUGCUCGCUACGCGGCAGGGUUAGCCAAAUUGAUAACAAAAACAUCUCAUAUUGUAAUGGGUCACCCGUUGACUAUUCUCACUACUCAUUCUGUAAUGUCAUUUGUCAAUUCAACUGCUUUCACUUUCUCACCUCUCAGGCAAAGAAAGCUGGCCAAGAUUUUGGCUAGCCCCAACGUCACAUAUGUGCAUGAAGGUGUUAACAUGGCUGACUUAAUCACUGAAGGAGAGCCUCAUGAUUGCAUACCUUUAACUGAGAAAGCCAGCAAAAUUAGAGAUGGCCUCUUUGCAGUACCGCUGCCAACUCCCCCACCAGCAAUGACAUUGUUCACAGAUGGUUGUUGUUUCAGGGCAUCGGAUGGUACAUUAAAGGCAGGGUUUGCUGUGGUUGAACAGGUUGAGGGUGAUUUUGUGACUAGAGUGAGUGGUAAAUUGGAGGGUAAGCAGUCAGCACAGAGAGCUGAAAUGAUAGCUGUAACCAAGGCCUUGCACUAUGCUGGUGAAGAGAGGGUAACUAUUUAUAGUGACUCUGCAUAUGUGAUAGGAGCUGUACAUGUAGAGCUGCCUGUGUGGCAGAGAUGUGGAUUUGUUACAACAACAGGCCGGCCUAUAACUCAUGCUAGCGAAGCCAGAGACCUAUUGCAGGCUCUGAUGAUUCCUGAUGAAGUGGCUGUGGUGAAAUGCCAGGGACAUGAUAAAGCAAACUCAGUUAUUGCUCGUGGAAAUGACGCUGCUGAUUGCGCUGCCAAAAAUGCUGCCGGGUACACAGCCACACAAUUUGUUGUGACCUCAGACAAAACAAAAUCAGACAUAUUACCACGUUUCACUCGUGAAUAUUUGAUAAAGGAACAAGCUGGUUCCUCACCUGAUGAAAAGAAUGCUUGGAGAGACCAUGGUGCUGUCCGUGCUGAUGAUGGCCUGUGGCAGGCCCCGGAUGGGAGACCUGCCAUGCCCAUGUCACUCUGUGACUCAUUGUUUAAACAGGUGCAUACAGCGAGUUAUGUAUCUGACAAACAGAUGUUACGUGAUCUUCAGUAUUGGUGGCAUCCAUUUUUGACGUCUAUGGUGGCCAAUUACAUUAGAUCUUGUGAAGUGUGCUGUGAACAUAAUGUGAAGCCCACUGUUAAGCCCCAGAGAGGGUAUUUUCCAAUCACAACAGGACCUGGGGAUGAAAUCAUUAUUGAUUUCACUGACAUGAUAACUGGAGUGAGAGGGAAAAGAUAUGUUUUGGUGAUCGUCGAUUCGUUCACUGCCUGGCCUGAGGCCUAUCCGGUAGGCAGAGAAGACAGCACAGCUGUCAUCAAAUGUUUGAUAAAUCAUUAUAUCCCUAACCAUGGUUUCCCCAGACGUGUAAGAUCUGACAAUGGAAGUCACUUCAAAAAUGAACAUCUCAGACAGGUUGAGCAGGCAUUGGGUUUGACCCACAGCUUUGGGGCUGUUUAUCACCCACAAAGCCAGGGAAAAGUUGAAAGGAUGAAUUUGACUCUGAAAUUGAAACUUGCCAAAAUCUGUGCACAGACAAAAAUAACAUGGCUAGAUGCAUUACCAAUUGCAUUAAUGUCUAUCCGUUCUUCUGUUAACAGGAUUUCUGGUUUCACACCUUUUGAAUUGUUUACAGGUCGACAGUUUCCAGGCCCGAGGAAUGCCUUGGUGCAGGACCCAAUCCUGCCAUUAACUCAUGCUGCUUAUUUUGACAAACUAACUGCUCUGAUUAAACAUUUUUCCUGCCAGGCUACCAGACAACGGGACUGGGACAACGACCCAGCCCCUAGCCAGGCUGAUUGGGUGAGAGUGAAGGUGUUCCGGAGGAAGUGGAACGAACCCAGAUGGUCCAAACCGCUCAGAGUGACUGCCAGAACGUCACAUUGUGUGCAGCUACAGGGAAAAGGCGAAACCUGGUUCCAUCUCUCUUCUUGUGUUCCAUGUGAUUCUCCUUCUAGGUCUCUGACAGAUACAGGGGUGGACCUGAGGACUCAGGUCCAAGAGAGGGAGAGUGUUGAAGGUGAAAGUGCUAUAAGUGCUACAGAACAGAGAGAACAGAGAGAAACUGAACCAACAACAUUGGUAACACCAACACAACAUCAACAACAAAGUCAACAAACAGUUUGUAAAAUUUUGUACAAAACAGGUGACCUUUUUUCCAGUCCAAUAACAGAGCCUUUAGCACACUGUGUUAGUGCAGAUUGUGCAUAUGGAGCAGGUAUAGCCGUACAAUUCAAGGCAAAGUACGGAAUACAAAAGGUUUUAAGUCAGAACAAACACACAGGUGAAUGUGCAGUUACCCAUGAGGACGACGGCAGACUGAUUUUUCAUUUAAUAACCAAACAAAACUGUACUGAUUUACCAACAUAUGAGAAUUUUACCCACAGCCUCAGAUGCAUGAGAGAUUGGUGUGAGAAAAAAGGAAUAACAAGUGUAUCUACUCCCCGGCUGGGGUGUGGGUUAGAUAAAUUGGACUUCCAUAAGGUGGUGGAGAUCCUGACAGAAGUGUUCAGGGACCUGAACAUCACAAUUACGGUUUAUUCAUUGUGAAUGACAUCUAAGUUUUAGUUUUACUAUUAUUAUCGUGUUACUUCCUUUUAAUUUUGUAUUAGUAUUAUCGUUUUACGUCUUUUACUAUACUCCUACCUUUUAUCAAGUAUUAAGUUUAAGAGUGUUUUUUGAAUUUAGCCAAUAGGCAUACGUGUAUUUUUCCACAGAGAUGAAGCUGUGUGGGAAUUGGAAGGUUCUGUGGGCCCUAGGGGUUAUAACUGCAAUUAUAAUUAUCAUGAGAUUCGGCAUAAACUAUGGAGGUAAUCUGAAAAAUGACAAAAGGUCCAAAACAACAUCACAAGAUCAGUGUUUAAACAGAUAUGGGGGAAUUGAAUUAAAUUACAUAAAAAAUUCAAAGACAUCAUACACCUUUGAUUUAUGCAAUGUGAUAGACUGUGGAGGGAAGAAUAGCUCAUGGAGGGGAUAUGAUAUAUACUUGUGUCUGGAUAUUAUGACCACACUGUGGUGUCGGGAGCGAGGCUAUGAUGACAGAUCAUGGUGCCCAAGAUGGAGUAGUGUAGUGGCUUAUACGGGAACAUGGGAUCUCCUAAAGAGGACGGGUACAGAUGGGGAAAUGUGGGAAAACUUAAAAAUACAAAGAGAUUACAGUCCAGUUCAAAAUCCUGUUACCAUGUCAAUAGGAGAGUGGAGCAGGUUACCCCGGGGAGGCACAGCUAUGAGGUAUGGGGGAAAGGAGGAGACCACUAUGUGGUUGGUAAUAGGUGCAGAUGUGGAUGGA